CAGCCCCGACUUCGACGUCACACUUGUCGCUUCCCCCCAGCCGAUGAACGCCUUCUCCUCGCGGCUUUUCCACUCCACGCGCACCAUGGCGAGCAUCGGAAACCUUCAGCGCAUCACCGCCGAUAAGCUCUCGACCAUCCUCUUGGCGGAGCAGGCCGCCGCCAACCCCUCGGUGGCCGUGGUCGACGUUCGCGACGAUGAUUACAUCGGCGGCCACAUCAAGGGCGCCAUCAACAUGCCCUCCCGCAGCCUCGAUGCCACGAUGCCCACCCUCAUCCGCCGCCUCCAAGGCAAGAAGACCGUCGUCUUCCACUGCGCCCUCUCCCAGCAGCGCGGUCCCAGUGCUGCCCUUCGCUACCUCCGAGAACGCGAACAAAUACUCGCAUCCAAGAAGCCUCAGGACACAGCCGAGGAGUCGGCCAACACAGAACCGCAGACCGUCUACGUGCUCGACCGGGGCUUCGUUGGGUGGCAGGAGGUCUAUGGCGAAGACGAGCGCCUGACCGAGGGAUACAGGAAGGAACUAUGGAAAGAUGGUUAUUGGAUGUGAGGGCUGUCCACAUAUACGAAGAUCACGUUUUCAUCCGCUGCUGUUUUUGCCGGGAGUGGAAUCAUCGGCAUAACACGAGGCAAUUACAAUUAUGAGCAGUAGGUGAACUCCUGCCAUCAUCCUAUUCUCAUCCAUUCCCCCUUCAGCUGGCGUCUUGCAGGCAAAUAGGCCAUGGUCAACAUAAAAAGCCCUGUACAUGGUGUUGUUACCUAGGCUGGAAGUAAAGAUAACCGAGCUAUACCUUCAGCAAGAGCGGCGGCCAGCUCGCUGUCAUCGUCGACCCCGAGUACAUUGCUGCCAAGACGAAAGGCUGGCGACGUCAAGAACAGCCUUGCGAGGGGUCCCAACGCUAUCUGAGGGUCAUGACUAGGAUCAAACAAACUGGAACAGGCCGUGCCAGUCGUUGGCUGGAAGGGAAAUGCAUCCGCAUGGGAUUCACAUUCAUGGACAGCGAAGUCUGAUAGAAACUAAACAAGGUAGCCUUGGAUUCGAACUUUGUGAAAUCUUGAUCACC